GCAGUAGUAUGUAUAUACCCACACAGAACCCCAACUUCCUGUCCCCCCGGCUAAAGGAAAGUGGUUUAUCCCUUUCUGGUGUCUGAUUCUGACUCUUCAUUCAAUGCAGCAGUACUGCAGGCUUCUGCUACAAUCCUUCAUGAGUCAGAACCGGCAGUGCAGAGACUAUAGUCAGGCAGACAGUCACCAAACAUGCAGGGGAGAACCAGUCCCUCUCAGCUGUGCUCUCCUGACGCUCUCGUCCAUCAUGGCGGAGGGGAAGAAGAUCGGGAACACUCUUCUCCCCAGUGAGUCCAUGAAAGUGAUUGCAGAGUCCGUAGGGGUCUCCCAGAUGUCGGAGGAGACGUGUCAGAUGCUCGCCCAGGAGGUCAGCUUCCGCAUCAAGGAGGUCACUCAGGAUGCACUGAAGUUCAUGCACGUUGGGAAGAGACAAAAGCUGACACCCAAUGACAUCGACGCUGCACUGAAACUAAAGAACGUAGAGCCUAUAUAUGGCUUCCACGCCAAGGAGUUCCUGCCUUUCCGAUACGCCAGCGGCGGGGGUCGUGAGUUACAUUUCUACGAGGAGAAAGAGGUCGAUCUCAGCGAUAUUAUCAGCACGCCCUUACCCCGAGUUCCCCUCGAUGUGUCCAUCAAAGCUCAUUGGCUGAGCAUUGAAGGAGUGCAGCCCGCCAUUCCUGAAAACCCUCCUCCAGUCACUAAGGAACAGCAGAAGAGUGAAGCCACCGAACCCCUGAAGGCAGUCAAACCGGGACAGGAAGAAGGUGGUCUAAAGGGCAAAGGUCAGGGGGCAGGAGCAGCGGAGGGCAAAGGGAAAGAGAAGAAAACGCCCAUCUUGGAAGGGGCUCCAUUAAAGCUGAAGCCGCGUAGCAUCCACGAGCUGUCGGUGGAGCAGCAGCUCUACUAUAAGGAGAUUACCGAGGCGUGCGUUGGUUCCUGCGAGGCCAAGAGAGCGGAAGCCUUGCAGAGCAUUGCCACCGACCCCGGCCUGUACCAGAUGCUACCCCGCUUUAGCACUUUCAUAUCCGAGGGGGUGCGAGUGAACGUUGUGCAGAACAAUCUGGCCCUGCUUAUUUAUCUCAUGCGUAUGGUCAAGGCCCUUAUGGACAAUCCCACGCUGUAUCUGGAGAAAUACCUGCACGAGCUCAUUCCCGCGGUGAUGACCUGCAUAGUUAGCCGGCAGCUGUGCCUGCGGCCGGACGUGGACAAUCACUGGGCGCUGAGGGACUUCGCCGCCCGACUGAUCGCGCAGAUCUGCAAAAACUUCAGCACCACCACCAAUAACAUCCAGUCCAGGAUCACCAAAACAUUUACCAAGACUUGGGUCGAUGAUCGCACUCCAUGGACGACGCGCUACGGGUCCAUCGCCGGUCUCGCUGAACUAGGACCUGAUGUGGUGAAGACGCUGAUCGUGCCCCGACUGGCAGUGGAGGGGGAGAGACUUCGCUCUGUAAUGGAGGGACCAGUCAUAUCUAACAUAGAUAAGAUCGGAGCGGACCACGUGCAGAGCCUCCUGUUGAAACACUCUGCGCCGGUCCUGGUCAAACUCCGCUCCUCUCCGGAUUCCCCUGACGCUUACCGUGCUGAUUAUGGAUACCUGGGGCCCACCCUCUGCACUCAUGUGCUGAAGGCCAGAGCGCAAAGUGCCCUGCAGGGGCCACAGGUCAACCGGACAACACUCACUGUCACACAGCCCCGCCCUACUCUCACCCUAUCACAGCCCUCGUCAGGUUCUCUCACCCCAUCCCCUCGCACACCAAGUAUCAUCAAGGUGCCCAGCUCCCUGACUCUGCCGGUCCAGACUUUGGUGAGCGCCCGCCCUGCUACGCCCACGCAGCCCUCUCCCCCGCCCACCAAAUACAUUGUGGUGUCGUCAGCGGGAAGCAGUGGGACUCAGGUCCUGACUCCUUCCAGCGGCCCGUCUUCUUCUACCCCGUGCCCCCCUGGGGUUCAGCCCAUUGUAAAGCUGGUAUCUGGGGGGCAGAGCUCUGGGGUUGGGGGCAACACGUCUGGGACUGGGGGAGGGAUGCAGAAGUACAUUGUUGUAUCACUGCCACCUGCUGGAGAGAGCAAGACACCGCAGCCCUCCCCUCCUCCUUCCAUAGAGACCCUGUGACUGUAAGUGUGUGUGUGUGUGUGUGUGUGUGUGUGAGAGAGCGUUGUGAGAGUGCGUCUGUGCCUGUUAUCUCCCUGCAUUACAACCUGUUUAUUUUGUGUAAAGAAAUAUCCUCAUUUUUUGCUAAUAAAAUAUUACAAACCUUU